AAUAAGGAAGCAUCUAUCUUUCUAAACACGGCUGAAAGUUUCACAACAUUAAAAGAAUUACAAAGAUGGCUGAAAGUUUCACAACAUCAAGAAAUCACAAACACGGCUGAAAGUUUCACGACAUCAACCGGAAUCAACUAG